ACGACAUCACAGUCAUCGCAAUGCAGUGUCGGCAUAAAGAGUGAAGGAAGACUGAUCAUUGUACCACUCGGGGCGAAUGGUGCUGGAGUUCUUUAUCGGUGCUUGACUAUAAAUCGUGUUUAGAAGCAGUAGUCAUCCCGGGAUGGUGAAGUCGUGGAUGAUCGCAGUUGACGGGGCUGUUAUACCUACACAUCGACGGCCGGUGGAUUGGACUUUGACUGGUCAAAGAUUAGAGUCGCGUUGUAUCGCGAGAGAUGGUGGACAAGAAGAGGCGUCAGACUCGACGACCGCCUCGACAUAACGCAGAUAAAUCGCGCUCCUCACAACGCGAGCAUCACUCGAAAUUCACCCUUGGCUUAACGCGGCGCUCAGUCAAGACACGCCAACCCCAAACUAAACAAUGGCGUUCAGGCUCGAGGAGGACCCCAUUGGACCGGAAACGCAGGCACUUGCUCUCAGCGAACUCAGGGAGACUGAGGAGAACAAGAAGAAUGGCAUCGAAGCCCUCAGAAAGCUCCUUGAAGGUGACAAAACGUUAUUUUUCAACACGGAGGACGAUUUCCUUGUCAUUUUUCUUCGACCGUGUAAAUUUUACCCGGACAGCGCUUUCGCGCUAAUGAAAAGAGUCGCCGAGUUCAAGGAGAAGAACGCCGCUCUUCUGGAAAACCUGAUGCCUCAGGACGAGAGGGCGGCCUUCAUCGAGAGCAACGUCGUCAACGUUCUGAAGGGCCGGGACCACAAGGGCAGGCGAGUACUCCUCGUAAAUGCCGGAAAGUCUUGGGACCCGUCCAAGGUCAGCGCCGAUCAGUUGUUCAGAAUCUUCUAUCUCAUCCACGAGGCCGCCAUGCGAGAGCCCGAAACGCAGGUUCGAGGUGUUGUGGUGAUAAUGGACUUCGACGGGCUGACGAUGAAACAGGUCUUGGCGUUGUCGCCGACGUUCAGCAUGCGACUGCUCACCUUCAUCCAGGACGCGAUGCCGCUGCGUCUAAAGGAGGUUCACAUAGUCAAGCAACCGUUCAUCUUCAACAUGGUCUGGAAGAUAUUCACGCCGUUCAUCCGGGAGAAGCUCAACUCCAGGAUGUACUUCCACGGUAGCAAAAUGGCCUCGCUUCACAAGCACCUCGACCCGAGUCACCUGCCAGAAAACUACGGUGGCAAGUUACCCGCCAUUGACUACACAUCCGCUGAUUGGUACCCGGUUAUUAUCGAGAACGAGGAUAAGGUGAAAGAAUGGAACAGCUACGGUCUUCGAAAAAACUAAUAGCGGGACCAAGAGACUGACAAAUUUGUACCUUAAGUUAUAACGCACAAUUUCAAUCCAGUAUAAAGUAUCUCGAUAUAUAAUGAUAUGUUACACCGUACUUUUAUACUUGUAUUUAGGUGAAUAAUUAAAUAGGCAUACGCGAGCUAGAAAGAAAUGUGGAAAUUCGAAAAUAAAAUUUUUAUUUUGCAUCAGCUUAUGCACGUGAAGGAAAAAUGAAAACAAAAUUGCGUGUGAAUUUUUGUUAUCGAUUUUUCUAUUUAGUCUAAAAUUAUCGCGUUGAUAGGUAAUUGUUUUUAGUGAACUUUGGAAUCAAAAAUUUGUGACUGUAUCCUAUACAUGGCUAACACACUAUUACAAAAAUACUGUAUUCACUGUAAAAAAACUUUUUUAAAUGAAGCACAGCAAAGCAAUCCUCUAAUCAACUGGUUUCAGAAUGAAACGUUGUAACAUUUAUAUAUAUAUAUUUUUUUUUUUUUUGACUUUUAGAUUUGAAUUCUUUCAGAAAAAUUCUCUUAAUUUAGACCCCGAUUAUCAGCUAUUGCUGUUGCCAUGCUACUCAUAUUCGGUUUAGUCCAGAUUACUCGACUUUUUGCUUGAAAGCUGUUCGUAUUAUUCUGUGGGUAAUAAUUCGCUGAUGGGUAACUUGGAUUUGGUAACCAACAGUUGGCUCCAUCCGCCUUCUAAUUUUAGUAUAGCAUAUUAGUUUGUCCUCGCUGUCGCUGAAAAUUAUAUUUGUACUGACUUUCGUUA